AUGUAUUUAUUUCUAAAAUUGAAAAUAACUAGAUAUAUCUACUGGAAGACCUUUAAAUUUAACUNUAAGUUAACAGCAUUUGAUUUAGAAAACAGUGAACUUGCCUUAUUUCUUGAAAGUUUCAAUGAGUUUAUUCCUUCUAGCCCUUAAAAAUUGAAUGGAUAGAAAUAACAUUUGAAAGAGAAUCCUGAAGCAAUUUUAAAAGAAUUUAUAACUACAAGCACUGAUGACUCACCUUUAAAUUUACUUAUAAGUAUAAUUAAUUACUUAAUUACAAGGUUAAAUUUAAUAAAAUUAGACAAAUGGAAAUAUUAAUGAUGCAGUAUCAAAAAGUAGAGAAUUAAUUAAUGAUAUAUAAAAGUCAUUAUAAUAAACAAUAAAAUCUAAGAAGGAUUUGAUUGAAAAUGUUAAAUAAAGUUUAACAUAAGACAAUGAAUAAUGGAAAUUAGAUGUUAUUAAAAUUUAUUAUUUAAAAAUUAGAUUGCUUCUAUUGAACCAAUAGCUAAGAUUACAAAAGAGAAAUUAGGUUAGUUAUAAAAAUAAAAAGAUGAAUUGUAAGUAAUGUUGAAACAUUAAUAAAUUGAAUUUAAUGAGUUGUAAGAGAACAUUGAUAAUUUUUAUGUAAAUAUUAUAUAAUUUAUAAAAAUAGACAUCAUAUUCAUCAAAGAGAUUAUAAGAUAUGAAUAAUUUAAAUAUAAUAAGAAUGAUUAAGUAGUUUUAUUCUGAGCAUUUAGAUGUUUUAGAAGAUUUUAUGAAAUCUAAAAUGUAAUGA